UAGAGGGCAUUACAAAUACUAAUCUUCAGCUGUUUGAUUCAUUCUGUUAUGAUUGAAGAAUGUAAAUGUCAACAAAGUAAAAAAAGUUGUGCAUAAAACAAUUAAAGUAAAGCUACAGUGCUUAUAAUGGAAAGAGAUACAGCUGCUUUAGUUGAUAACACUACAUAUUUACACCAAAAUGAAGUUAGAAGCUAUGAGUCUGUUGAAGCAUUGCCAGGCAAUGAUUCUGGACCCAGAAAGUUACCACAAUAUGCUGCAGCAAUAUCUGCUACAUUAGCUGCCUUGGGUGCUGGUAUCAUCCUUGGAUGGACAUCUCCAAUAAAAUCUGAAAUUGAAAAUGGAGAAUACAACAACAUUACUGUCAACGAUAAUCAAAUGGGUUGGAUUGGCUCAUUGACUAAUGUAGGGGCUUUGUUGGCAUGUAUUCCCACAGGUUUUGUUUGUGAUAUAAUUGGAAGAAAGACCACCUUAUUGUUAUUAUUAUUACCAUUUACUCUGGGAUGGGUAUUGAUUAUAUUUGCUAUGAACUUGGCUAUGUUGUACAGUGGCAGAUUUAUUAUGGGUAUUGCAAUUGGGGCUUGCUGUGUAGCAGCACCAAUGUACACUAGUGAGGUAUCACACAAAGAUAUUAGAGGUAGUAUUGGCAGCUAUUUUCAAUUGAUGGUUACAGUAGGUGUACUGUAUGCUUAUUUCUUUGGAGCAUUUAUGACUCCUCUACAUUACACUAUAAUUUGUGCAUCAGAGCUUUUUUUGUUUGCACUCACAUUUGCAUUCCAACCAGAAAGUCCACUAUAUUAUUUAAAGUCUAGUCAGUAUGAGAAAGCAAGGAUGUCAUUGCAAAAAUUGCGUGGUUCUCACUAUAAUGUAGAUGAAGAACUAAAUGAAAUGGCACAAAGCUUGCAAGAAGGUGAAGCUUCUGUUACACUUCUACAUGCAUUCCAACGUCGAGCGUGCAAGAAAUCUGUCUUGAUUUCAUUGAGUUUAAUGUUUUUCCAACAGUUUUCUGGCAUUAACGCGAUCAUUUUUUAUACCAGUGACAUAUUCAUAAAUGCAGGAGUAAAAUUAAAUCCACGCUACUGCUCGAUCAUUGUAGGUGCAUGUCAAGUGGUAACAACUUUUGCCUCAUCCCUCAUUGUUGAUAAAUUAGGGCGUAGAUUGCUUUUAAUUACUUCUGCUCUAUUGAUGAGCAUUUCUAUGAUUCUACUGGCUACAUUCUUUGUAAUAAAAGAUCACAAACUGGUACCAGAUGAUACUUUGAAAACAUUCAGCUUUGCGCCGAUUAUAUUUUUAGUUUUAUACAUCAUUGCAUUUUCGCUGGGUUUCGGCCCAAUUCCAUGGCUGCUAAAUGGAGAAAUAUUUGCACCGGAAAUUAAAGCAGUUGCCAGUUCAGUUGCCGGUUCAUUCAAUUGGUUCCUUGCGUUUAUAAUAACCAAAUUUUACUUACAAUUAGAUAAAUCCUUUGGCGAUGAUAAUAUGUUCUACACAUUUGGCUUUGUGCUCCUUUUUGCUGCAUCAUUUGUAUGGCUAAUUGUACCUGAAACGAAAGGGAAGACAAUGGCCGAGAUACAAGACGAAUUGCAACAUUAUUAAUUCCAGUAACUAGCUUAGGCGUCAUAGAAAAAUUGUAGGAUAUUAAUUUCAUUAGUGUUGUAGUGGAGUUAUGAGGCAUUUUACUUAUUUAAUAUUGUGAUAUUCAACAUGAUGUAAAUUAAUGUAAUAUUGUAUGUUUAUUUACAAGAAAUUUGUGUACAUUUUGAAUCUCUUAUAAUAAAAUAUAUUUUUAAUGUUGUAAA